GCUGGGGAGUUGGUCUAAGGUACACUAGACUCGGGAUACGUCCCAGCGAUCAAGUCUAGACUGGAAUUAUACAGUUUUGAUUUGUGUCACCACUAUACUGUUUAAAAAUCCAAGGUUAUAUACAAGUAAUAAACAACAGCUUCGCAUUUCUGCGGAUAUUAACCUGGAAAUAUUUGAAUUUUUCCUGAUUAUUAAACAUUUACAUGCCAAAGCUGGGGGACCCUGUUGAAGAACCAGAAACUUUGUCGCGAAAAUUUGAGGUUUUCGCAACAAUUAUUGGCUAUCGAAUGGACCAACAUCCGAGCGCCCGGAGCUGUGCCAACCGCGGAGCUCCGUCCUGCGACGCCGUCCCGAGCGAGCCGUCCAUGAAUCUAUACAUCCAUUCCACAACCGGCACUCGCUUCGAACUCUCGCUGCCUCUGGAAGAGACGGUGGAAGGUCUGAAAAGAAGACUCUCUCAGAGAUUGAGAGUUCCGAAAGAAAGACUUACCCUGCUACACAAAGAAACGCGGUUGAGUUCAGGAAAACUUCAAGACUUGGGCAUCUCAGAUGGAAGCAAACUAACACUGGUCCCAACAGUUGAAGCAGGCCUCAUGUCUCAAGCGUCAAGACCAGAACAAUCCGUCAUGCAGGCUUUGGAGAGUUUGACCGAAACUCAGGUCAGCGACUUCCUGUCUGGACGCUCUCCUCUAACCCUGGCGUUGCGAGUGGGCGAUCACAUGAUGUUUGUGCAGCUGCAGUUAGCGGCUCAGCACAGCAACGGAACGCAGCUACAACACCGUCACGUCGCUUCUCGCGACGGCAACGCGGGACACGCCACGGGACACGCCACGGGACCUUCUGGCUCCUCGAUGCACCACCCGCACCCCCACCCCCACCCGCACCUACAACCCCAACCCCAACCCCAUCACCUCCACCACACACUCCCGCCGAGCCCCACCAGCCCCGGGACCUUCCCUCACCCUCACUCUGCCCACGCCGUGUCCCCCGUGUACCCGCCGUCGGCCUCGGGCCACGCCGGCCCCGUGCCCCGCUCCUCUCCGCUCCAACCUCCUCCGAGCCUCCAUCAACCUUCUCCACCCUGUUCCAGCCCGCCUAGUCCCUCUAGUACCACGCCGCCCUGCCCUGAGGCUAACUGCACUGCGAAGAACUCCAGUAAUGCCAGCGCUCCCUCACGAUCCCGCAAGCCGGGCGCCAUCAUCGAAAGCUUCGUCAACCACGCUCCAGGAGUCUUUUCUGGGACUUUUUCAGGCACUUUGCAUCCUAAUUGUCAGGACAGUACAGGUCGCCCGCGCCGGGACAUUGGCACCAUCCUGCAGAUUCUGAAUGACCUUCUCAAUGCUACACGGCAUUACCAGGGCAUGCCCCCUUCUCUCACGCAGCUGCGUUAUCAGACCCAGUGCGGCCCAUCCUCCCCUGUGCCCUCUCCACCUCCUUCACCUCCAGCAGCAGGGAUCAACGGACUCUCCACCAAAUCUACCUCUGUACCUGCGGGGAUGACCGGCCCCUCCACCCUCCACCCACUGGUGCAGUGUCAAAGUCAGAUACGCAUGUGCAAACCCUCUGGCGACCGGUUGCGACAGACGGAGAACCGGGCGACCCGAUGCAAGGUGGAACGCCUCCAGCUUCUCAUGCAGCAGAAACGGCUGCGACGGAAGGCCAGGAGGGAUUCCCGGGGGCCGUACCAGUGGCUGCCCAACCGCAAGGCCGGACGCAGCAACAGCAACAGCAGCAUGUCCAGCGAAGGGUCCCUGGACCUGGACUUUGAGGACUCGGUGUGGAAGCCUGACGUCAAAGCCGACAUGAAGUCAGAGUUCGUCAUGGCCUAGGAAGACCUCGCAACUCGGAGCGGUCAGAUUUCAGAGCGAGAGAAGCGGCCUAACGGAAGAGGAGGGGGGCAG